AUGUUAGUGGGUUUCACUAUUUUUGCGGAUAAGAUAUUUACCCUUGUCGAGGCACGAUACCUCUCACUAUUUAUAGACUUGGAUGACUUAUCAGGAUACAGUUGCGUACAACUGUGUUGGUUACUCUUUAUAGAUAUCUUGGAGAUGCUUCCAUGUUCAGUUGUAAGCAGCUUGGUGGUUAUCCGACUCUCCUACAGUGCUGGAUUUAUGAGUAUUUUCCAACACUUGGAAAAAAAAAAGAGAGAACUGGAUACCAGCUAA